UCGGAAUGCUUCGCCACGUUCAUCACUAAUUUCGUCUUUCAUCGUGUGUUUCGAGGCUCGAACGCCUGCCUCGAACUUCGAGCGUUCAAUAGGUUCAAUUGUUAACCGAUGCGCGCACGAAGAGCAGUCAACACACUCAACGCGGGCCAGCUCCUGGGAAGCUGAGACGUCGUUUUUGCCACAUUGGCCCGGCUAGGUUGUGAGAAUACUGAGAAUCUCCUCGACGACGAUGACCAACGCAGCGAAGAAAGACUUGCAGAAGGUCCAGUUUCAGGACUUUCAGGAGCCGAGUUCGCGCGCGCGUGCACCUGGGCCACAUACAACUCUGCGCAUUUUACUCAUCUGCACCACGUUGAUUGUAAUAUUGUUAAUAUUGGGUUUGUCGAUAUACAAACAUGUCUAUCCGGUCUCCUCUUACAAAUUCCAUUUCGACAUACGACAGCCUCUGUUACACACCGUCUCUGACAAGUUCUUGUCGUUUGGUCUCGACACGUCCUUGCUACGAAGAAUGAAUGAAAUGCCCAUUGGACAGAAGAAAUUUGUCAAUUUGGCUUAUCACUUGAGCCCUGCUUAUGUCAGAGUGGGUGGAACCUCUGCGGAUUGUCUGACAUUCGUUCAGAAUCAGAUGAAACAAGACUCUUCUGAGGAAAUUCUUAGCCCCGUGGAUGGCCAGGAUAUCAGCAACUUUACCAUCUCCGACAAAGAUUUCCUCGCCAUUUAUAAUUUCACGGUAAAGUCGGAAUUACGAAUGAUCUUUGAUCUGAACGUAUUGCUCAGAAAUCCAGAUGGAUCCUGGAACGACAGCAACGCUAAGGAGAUUAUCGCAUUCGCUAAGAGUCAAAACAUGUCGCUAGAUUGGCAGUUGGGAAACGAACCGAAUUCCUUUAAACACGUGUUCAACGUGAUAAUCUCUGCAACCGAACUCGCAAUGGAUUACGACCAUUUGAGGCAAUUGCUAAAUGUAUUCGGAUACGAGAACAGCAUCCUCGUUGGGCCAGAAGUGAAUCACGUCGGAGAGUCUAAUGAAAUUGGAGAGAUAUAUGCCAAGACGUUUUUGAGCAGCCAGAAAAACACUGUGAAUUACGUCAGUUGGCAUCAGUACUAUCUGAAUGGACGAGAGGCUAAAGUCGAGGAUUUCGUGAAACUUUCCACGUUCAACUGGUUACCAGCGCAAAUAAGUUCCAUGAGACAAUUCAUUGUCGAGUCGGGGAAAGACGUUUCUAUGUGGCUGUCAGAAACUAGCACCGCGUUUGGCGGAGGUGCGCCCGGAUUGUCCGACAGAUUCGUGGCCGGAUUUCUGUGGCUGGACAAAUUGGGGUACAGCGCCAAGACGGGAGUAAACGUCGUCACGAGACAAUCGUUAUUCGGCGGGGAUUACGCCAUGGUAUCACCGGAUCUCACGCCAAACCCCGACUGGUGGGUCAGCAUCUUCUACAAGCAGUUCGUGUCGGAGAAGGUCCUGAAAUUGGACAGGUCCGACAAUCUCGGCUACGUACGAUUGUACGCGCAUUGCACGCCGAAGGAAGCAUUGAUCGCCAGAAUGCCGGCCGUCACCGUGUACGGAAUGAAUCUACACGACACCUCGGCCUACGUGAAUAUUACUGAGUUGUUUUCGAAACCCAGUAAUAUCAUAAUUUCGUAUUACGCUCUGACCGCUGAUAAUUUACAGUCGAGCAAGAUAAAGCUGAACGGUGAAGUGCUGAAGCUGCUACCGGACGGAGAGUUGCCGCCGUUUCGACCUGUGAUAAUAAAACCUUACGUUGAAAACGUAUCACUACCCCCGUAUUCCAUGGUGUUUAUGAUAAUUCACGGUGUCGAUGUUCCUGCAUGUUCGACGAUGUGAGUAAGUUCUUUAAAAAGUUGGAAGAAACCAGUUGAUUUCUCAGGACGUUUAUAUUGUAUGUUUUUAUUUAUACAUUAUAAUAAACGUUAUAUUUUACAUUUGUAA